AACGGCAGUGGUGUUUUGAUUGGAGAGCAAUCAGUUUCCGACACCGGGCGCUAAACCAAAAAAAACGUAGAACCCGACACGAUGUGGAUCCCGAACCCAAGCACUAUCUGUGUUCUGAUGCCUCUGGCGAUUUUGGCGACCUGGCAGCUGUGCGUUGUUCCCGGGACGGAUGCCAAGCACUUGGCCGCCAGAUCGCACGACCCCGAAACCGAAACCGAAACGGAACCCCUAUCCCAGGUCCACACACCUAAUCACAACAGUGCUGCAGUGCGUCGUCGUGAGCGGCGGCAGCUCUCGGAUUGGCUAAUCGCACCCAACACGCGCUGGUGCGGACGCGGCAACCUGGCCAAUGGCACCUACAACGACCUGGGUGGCGCCUCCAAGGCGGACAAGUGCUGCCGGAAGCACGACCACUGCAAGAUGUGGAUCGACGGCAUGUCCAAUCGCUACGAUCUCUUCAACUACCGCCCCUACACGCUGUCCCACUGCAGCUGCGAUCUGCGGUUCCGCACCUGCCUGAAGAUGGCCGGCGACGAGGAUGCGAACGCCAUCGGCAAGCUCUUCUUCAAUGUCGUCCAGACUCAGUGCUUCGGCCUGAAGGUGGAGACCGUCUGCGUGCAGCGCGGCGGCUCUGGCAAGGAGACCGAUCCCUGCCUCAAGGAGGAGGUGCGCCACAAGGCCUUCCUGCGCAACAACAAGCGGUUCUAAGAGUCCUAGCUUGCGCUCGAUGACCGGCAGGAUUGGAGUAUACCCAAGUCGCCUGCCCUUAUAAGAGGCGAACCAGCCGCCCCAGAGUGAUGCAAUUGGGUUUGAAACUCAAUGGGAAAGCAUGGCAACACACCAUAAACCAUCGUCAUCCGUACUUAGAGGUGGAGAGAUAGCCAGAGACACCCGUCUAUGUAUUAAGCCGUAUACCCACAUAUGUAUAUGACUUUCAAGUGCUAUUAUAACGCGUAGUAGUCGAUACGAUAAACACCUAGCUGUAGUCAAUCAAUCUAGUUUAGGCCGACGAAUCGAAUACAGGCUGCCAGAAAACCAAGUUUUUAACUAGCUGUAGACCCCGUAGACACCCCAUAAACACUGUGUGUAAUUAGUUGUAGACGUAGUAACUUAAUAAAAGGAAUUUCCAAAGAGUAGACAAAAACCUAA